ACUCCCGCGCGUGUGCCCGCACCGAGCGCUCCGCCCGCGCCUCCCCCGCAGCACCGGACCCCCCCGCGCCGGACCGGGCCGCACCGCACCGCACCGCCGCUGCGCCUUUAAGGCCGCGACCGGGAGCGCCCGGGAGAGGAUCCGGGCGGAGGGCGGUGCGGGGCGGUGCGGGCGGACCGGGACCGGCGAUGGGGAUCGCGAUGGAGCGGACGGCCGCGUAGCAGAGGGGCGGUGCGGGGCCGGAGCAUGUCGUGGUUCAGCGCCCUCCUGGCCCCCAAAGCGGACGACCGGAAGACGGCGUGGGGGGACCGCAACGGCCCCAAACCGCCGCCCCGCCCCGCCGCGCUCUGCGGCCGCCUCCGCCGCGACGCCCCCCGGGGACCUCCGCGGGCGGACGGCGGAGCGGCGGAGGACGGCGCGGACCCCCCCCGGCCGACGGCGCCGCUCCGCGCCCCGCGGCUCUUCCGCUCCCGGCGUUUCCCGUCGCUCAAACUGGAGCUGCUCUACCAGCGCUACUUCGCUCAGCUCGACCGGCGCCGCCUGGCGGUGCUGCUGGGGCUGCAGGCGCUGCUGUGCGCUCUGCUGCUGGCGCUGCACUGCGCGCCCGGCGCCCCCAACGCGGCGGUGGCGGCGGCGCUGAGCGCGGCGGCGGCGGCGGCGGCGCUGCUGGCGGUGCUGUGCGGGCGGGGCGCGUUCCCGCGGGAGGCGGUGCGCGCUCUGAGCUACGCGGCUCUGGGGCUGCUGGCGGCGGUGCCGCUGCUGGGAGCGGCCGCGGUGGCCCCGCGCGGGGCGGCGGAGGGCGUUUGGUGGGGCGUGCUCUGCAUCUACGCCGCCUACGCGCUGCUGCCCGUGCGCAUGCGCGCCGCCGUGCUGGCCGGGGCGCUGCUGGCCGCGCUGCAGCUCGGCGUCACGUGGCAUCUGUGCGCCGACGAGCCGCUGCUGUGGCGGCAGCUCAGCGCCAACGCCCUCAUCUUCCUCUGCACCAACGUGGUGGGGGUCUGCACCCAUUACCCUGCGGAGGUGGCGCAGCGAAAAGCCUUCCAGGAGACCCGUGGGUACAUCCAGGCACGGCUGCACCUCCAGAGGGAGAACCGGCAGCAGGAGCGGCUGCUGCUGUCGGUGCUGCCCCAACACGUGGCCAUGGAGAUGAAGGAGGACAUCAACACCAAGAAGGAGGACAUGAUGUUCCACAAGAUCUACAUCCAGAAGCACGACAACGUCAGCAUCCUCUUCGCUGACAUCGAGGGCUUCACCAGCCUGGCGUCCCAAUGCACGGCGCAGGAGUUGGUGAUGACGCUCAAUGAGCUCUUCGCACGCUUCGACAAGCUGGCGGCGGAGAACCACUGUCUGCGCAUUAAGAUCCUGGGCGACUGCUACUACUGCGUGUCGGGGCUGCCGGAGGCGCGGGGGGACCACGCGCACUGCUGCGUGGAGAUGGGGGUGGAUAUGAUUGAGGCCAUCUCGUUGGUGCGCGAGGUGACGGGUGUGAACGUGAAUAUGCGCGUGGGGAUCCACAGCGGCCGCGUGCACUGCGGGGUGUUGGGGCUGCGCAAAUGGCAGUUCGACGUGUGGUCCAACGACGUCACUUUGGCCAACCACAUGGAGGCGGGGGGCAAAGCGGGGCGGAUCCACAUCACGUGGGCGACGCUGCAGUGCCUGAAUGGGGACUACGAGGUGGAGCCGGGAAACGGCGGGGAGCGGAACGCGUAUCUGAAGGAGCACAACAUCGAAACGUUCCUCGUCGUGGGAUGCAGCCAAAAGCGCAAGGAGGAGAAGGCUCUGCUGGCGAAGCUGCAGCGCAGCCACGCGGGCUCAGCGGAGGCUUUGGUUCCACGUUGGGUCCCCGAGCGCUCCUUCAGCCGCCCCAAAGACUGCAAAGCGUUCCGGCAGAUGGGCAUCGAUGACUCCACCAAGGACAACCGCGGUGCCCAGGAGCCGCUCAACCCCGAGGAUGAGGUGGAUGAGUUCCUGGGCCGCGCCAUCGACGCGCGCAGCAUCGAUCAGCUGCGGAAGGACCACGUGCGGCGCUUCCUGCUCACCUUCCAGAGCCCCGAGCUGGAGAGGAAGUACUCCAAGAAGGUCGAUAACCGCUUUGGGGGUUACGUGGGCUGCGCUCUGCUCGUCUUCUGCUUCAUCUGCUGCGUGCAGCUCAUCAUCUUCCCCCUCUCCCCGCUGAUGAUCGGUGCCUACAUCGGAGCCUUCCUCCUCCUCUCCUCCAUCCUCUUCAUCUGCGCCGUGCAUUCGUGCAUCAACCUGUUCCCCCCGGUGCUGCAGCGCCUCUCCCGCUCCAUCGUCCGCUCCCGGUCCCGCAGCACCGCCACCGCCGUCCUCGUCGUCAUCAUCGUCUUCAUCACCGCCUUCAUCAACAUGUUCUCCUGCAGUCGGGUACCGCUGCGGGACUGCGCUGCGCGCGCCCUCAAUGUCAGCCCCACAGCUGUGGGGCCGUGUGAGCUGCGCGCCCUCAACAUCUCCCUGGGGGCCCCCCCGGGGCUGUGCCGGCCGCAGGGGGGGGGCUGCGACUUCCCUGAGUACGUGACGCUCAGCGUGGUGCUCAGCCUCCUGGCGGCCGCCGCCUUCCUGCAGCUGAGCAGCGCCGGGAAGCUGCUGCUGGGGGCGGCGCUGGGGGGCGCAUACCUGGCGCUGGCGGAGGGACCCCACGCGGCGCUCUUCGACAACGCCGAUCUGCUGCUGUUGGCGCACGCGCUACCCUCCUUCAACGCCACCCAGGGGGAAUGCCCGGUGGAGGGGAAGGUGGCUCUGCGUUACGUCACCCCCGUGGUGUUGGGGGUCUUCGCCCUGGCGCUGUACCUCCACGCACAGCAGGUGGAGUCCACCGCGCGCCUCGACUUCCUCUGGAAGCUGCAGGCGACGGGCGAGAAGGAGGAGAUGGAGGAGCUGCAGGCGUACAACCGGCGGCUGCUGCACAACAUCCUCCCCAAAGACGUGGCUGCGCAUUUCCUGGCGCGGGAGCGGCGCAACGAUGAGCUCUACUACCAGUCCUGUGAGUGCGUGGCCGUUAUGUUCGCCUCCAUCAGCAACUUCUCCGAGUUCUACGUGGAGUUGGAGGCCAACAAUGAGGGCGUGGAGUGCCUGCGGCUGCUCAACGAGAUCAUCGCCGACUUCGAUGAGAUCAUCAGCGAGCAGAAAUACCGGCAGCUGGAGAAGAUCAAAACCAUCGGCAGCACUUACAUGGCAGCCUCGGGGCUCAACGCCGCCACCUACGACCGCGAGGGCCGCAGCCACAUCGCCGCGCUGGCCGACUACGCCAUGCAGCUGAUGGAGCAGAUGAAGUACAUCAACGAGCACUCCUUCAACAACUUCCAGAUGAAGAUCGGUCUCAACAUGGGCCCGGUGGUGGCGGGGGUGAUCGGGGCACGCAAACCCCAAUACGACAUUUGGGGCAACACCGUCAACGUCUCCAGCCGGAUGGACAGCACCGGCGUGCCCGACCGCAUCCAGGUGACCACAGACCUGUACCAGGUGCUGGCAGCCAAGGGCUACGUGCUGGAGUGCCGCGGGGUGGUGAAGGUCAAAGGCAAAGGGGAGAUGACCACCUACUUCCUGAACGCCGGCCCUGGGGGCAGUUAGGGGUCGCCCCCCCCGCCUCACCCCCCCAUGGGGAACCCACCCCCCCUUCCCCUCAGCUCCAGGGGUGGGGUGAGAAGGAGGAACCCAAAACCCCAUUGAAAGAACGGGGGGAAGGGGGGGGGUCUAAAAGGGAGAAAUGGACACAAGGGAGGGGGUUGGGGGGGGCUGUCGUGUGCCCCCCCCUCCUCAAGCAAUGUUUGGGGCUGAGGGGUGUGUGUGUGGGGGGGGAGGGCAGGGUGCAGCCUCCCCCCCCACCUCAUUUGAUGACCCCCCCCCCCGUGCCAAAGAGGGGAGGGGGAGAUGGGGAACCCCCCCCCCCCAAGGAUUUGGGGCCCCCCCCCCGCCCCUCCUGUGCCAAACAUAAGUGCCCACUCUCCCCCCCUCGGGGGGGGGGGCGUAGCAGAGCAAUGGGGGCCCGUCCCCGCCCCCCCCCCGGGACCCCCACCCACGGGGAGGCGUGGGGGGGCUCCUCCUUUUAAAUGCAAAAAAGAAAAGAAUGAAGUGUCUUUUUUUUUCUUCCCUCUCCUUUUUCUUUUUUUAAGCAGCUCGGGGGGGGGCGGUCACCCCCUCCUCCCCCCCCCGCGGUACGCACUUCCACCCCCAUUCCCCCCCCCCCCCCCCCCAUUCAUGUACAGAUAAAUUAUAUAAACGCGCUUUGAUAC